GAGGAAAAGAUGCCGACGCCGUAGGCCUUCAAGAAGGAAGAGGAGAGGCCAGGGGCCCAGGGCCUUCAAAAACGGCGGAACCCACCCUAGCAAGACGUCGACGAGGAAGAGGAAGACGAAGACGAGCACCCCCUCGCUCCAUCCAUGGCGAAGAAGAACCCCAGCAAAGCCUCUAAGGAUUGGAAGGAGAAGAGACAGAAGAAAGAAGGACCGGAGAGGUCACUAGCAGAGGAAGGAGAAGUGAAGGAAAUAAAAAAUAGUGAAAAAGAGAAGGAUAAGAAGGAGAAGAAGGUCUAUGAUUUGCCGGGACAGAAGCAUGACACACCGGAUGAAAGAGACCCAUUGAGGAUAUUCUUCGAGAUGCUGUACCGACAGCUGCCCGACAACGAACUGGCUGCAAGUUGGAUGAUGGAGUGGGGACUGCUUCCACCAGAAGCAGCCAAGAUGGUUUAUGAGAAGCUUCAGAAGAGCCCACAAAAGAAGCUUGAGUCACCAGACAAGGCCGCCGCCCUUGAGAAAGCGUCAACUUGUUCUGUGAAGAAAAAUAGGAAAAUGACGUCAGAAACCGUGUUGAAGGCCAAGAAACGAAAGCGUAUUGGUAGCAACUCAGAUGGCGGUCAUGAUGAUUCCAUCUCACGAAAGAAAAAGAAUAAGAAACUGAAGGUUUCCAUCUAGCCGACCGAUCUACAACCUGGCUCUCUUUAUUCCGCACCUGAUCGUCUGCGCACCAGUGCAGACAAGUAUUUAUCAUCUGAACAAAGAUUUUUCAAAGUUCCUGUGGAAGUCAAAGACAGCUCAGGUACGCACUGGACAUUGACAAUGUCUACAAUAGAUUGGAACUUCAACAGUUUAUUACUACCUUGGUCACAUGUGAUGAAAAGGAAGCUGCUUGGCAAUCGAUGCAUUCAUUGUUAAUUCAUGAUCUUGUCAGUCAGUUCUAAGCUACUAUAAUCUAUUGUGAAUGUCUUGAUCAGAGUAAGAAUAUUCAAUGGGAUGGCAUUAAUGAUUCGAUGAGGCCA